AUGGGCUCCGGCGUGCAGCAAUAUUGGCUUCCUGGAUACGGUCUGUCCAGACACAUCGUCCUUGGCCAAUUGCAUUACUUUCUUGGUCCAUCCACAAGUGUCAGACCUUACACAUACCAAGGUCGAGAGGGCUAUCUCAUCAACGGCGCUCCAUUGACGAAGGAACAGGUUGCGGACCUCCGUCGACAGUCUCGCGAGUAUGAGCGAGAGCAGUCCAUGAGGAUGAAUCGCCGCCGCGAUGGCAAUAGCCGCCGAGAUGCCGAUGAUCGGGCUGCCGCUACCGAAGACGACGAUGACAUUAACGAGAUAGUCAUCGUUGGCAGGCGUAGCCCAGGCUACUCCUAUCGGCCUUACUGA